AUGAUUUUAAUAAUAGAAGAUCAAAAAGAAGAAGAAGAAGAAGAAGAAGAAGAGAUCCUUUGUAAACCAACUCCAUUAGAAUCAAAUCACCUACAAGAUAAAGAACUUCUAGCUGGUCAAGAUUAUUUACGUUUACAUCCAGUCUCUGAUACUGUAUUUUUUAUAUUUACAAAAGGUAUAUUUGAUUAUGAACAGAUUCAAUAUGCUUCAUUAUUAAUGGAUUGUUAUGAUUUAGCUGAUAUAGAUCUAUUCAAUAAUGUAAAUUUCAGUUUACAACACUUUCAACAGAAGGAUCUAUUGAAUCAUCUAUAUCAAUUUCGUAUCACAGCAGCUAUCUCUGAUCAAAAUGAUAAUAUACCUAUAUUUAAACAAUCCAAAUAUUAUAUUAAAAUACCAGAACAUCUAUCAGAUGGAUCAUAUAUUACUGAAAUGAAAGCCUAUGAUUUAGAUAAAGGUGAAUAUGGACAAUUAACUUAUCAAUUAAAAUCAAUUACAUUCAAUUAUAUUGAUGAUUCUGAUCCUGAUCAUGAUGAAGAAGAUGCAGAUCAUUCGAAGUAUUCAAGACAUCCACAAGAAUAUGAACAACCAUUUGAAAUUCAUCCACUAAAUGGUAUCAUUACAGUAUUACAUAAUCAGUUAUUAGAUCGUGAACAAAUUGAAUAUUUUUAUUUAAAUAUAUUAGCUAAAGAUAAAGGAAAUUUCACUACUCAUACACAAUUAAUUAUACAAUUAAUCGAUAUUAAUGAUCAUUUACCAAUAUUAUAUAAUAAUAAUCAUAUCAAUAUUGAUUUUCAAGAAAAUCAAAAAAUCAAUACUUUUAUUGAUUUUAUACAUUUAAUUGAUUUAGAUAAAGAUUCCAGAAAUUCAAUGAUACAUUUAUUAUUAGACAAUAAUAAUCAAUCAAUCAAUAAUCGAUUAAUCAAUAAUUCAUCAAUCAGUAAUCCAUCGAUGAAUAACCAAUCAAUCGAUAAUCAAUAUAGUCAUUAUAUUAAAAUUAUACCCGAUAUCAAUUUUCAUUAUAAACAGAUCAAUCAAAAUGAAUUAAUGAAUGAAUAUGAAUUAAAAGCAAUAUUGAUUAAUCAAUUAAUUAUUGAUCGUGAAAAAAUCAAUAAAUUUUUUUAUCAAAUUAUUACAUAUAAUAGUGAUAAUAAUAAUAAUAAAUCAAUAAAUAGUAUCACAUAUACAUUAACUAUCAAUAUAUUAGAUGAAAAUGAUAAUAUACCAAUAUGUAUAUAUCCUAUUUAUAAUAGUAUUAUUGGUGAUUAUGAUCAAGAUCAUGAUCUAGAUCCAGAUCAAGAUCAUUCCAUAAUGAUUUAUACAACCACACCAAUUUAUACAUUCGUUAUACAAUUGAAAGGUUAUGAUCCAGAUCAUGGCUUAAAUGGUACUAUAUUAUAUCAAUUAAAUCCAUUGACUAAUGGUAGUCAAUAUUUUUAUUUAAAUGAAUCGAAUGGUAAAUUAUAUACAAAUUGGUUCAUGGAUUCAUUCUAUGACUCCACAAUGAUUAAUAUGGAUACAAAUCCAUCAUAUGAUCCACCUAUUGAAGGGAUCUAUCAUAUCAAGAUAUCACUUAAAGAUAUGGGCAUACCAUCUUUAUCAUCAAAUGAAACACAAUUUUUUAUUAAAAUUCAUUCAUUUAAUCCAUCGAUAACCAAUAAUCAAUCAAUCAUCCAUUCGAAUCAGAAAACAAUGACAUUUUGGUUAUCUAAUCAUCCUCAUCAGAAUCAAUUUUUAUGGAUUUUACUGAUUAUUUCAAUGAUAUUAUUGAUUAUUAUUGUAAGUAGUAUCAUGAUAUGGAUACAAUCUUAUUGUAAACAAAAAUUUAAUCAUCCAAUUAUCAUAUCAACAACAACAACAACAACCAAAAAUCAUGAUCAAUCAUUAAAGAAACCAUAUCUAAUUACUUGUUUAUCAACCAAUAAAAAAUAUCAAUAUUCAUCGAAAAUCAAUAAUCAUAAUAAUCAAUCAAUUUGGCCAGGUACAAAUAUCAUUCAUCAAUCAAUAAAUGAUCAUCUAAAUGUCAAUACUACUACUAAUACUACUACUAUUCAUACUACUAAUAAUGAUCCAUAUCAUUACACAAAUCAUUUACAUACAAAUCCAAUCUGUUCAUUACCUUUCUCAUAUGACACUGGUAACCAUAGCAACAAUAAUAACACUAAUGUUUAUUAUUAUCAUAAUAAUAAUCAAUUGAUAGGACAAAAGUAUACUUCAUUAAAUGCAUCAAAUCUAUCAAUUAAUCAUUUGAAUAGUUCUAUGAAUGGAACAUUGACAAAUGAUCAUCUUAAUCAUGAUGUAUAUAUACAAUCAUCAUUACAUAGAACAAUUGGAAAUUCUAUUGUUUAUUCAACAUAUACGAAUUCCUAUUUAUCACCUAUAUAUGAUCAUAGUUAUUAUGAUGAUCAAUAUCAAAAUCAACAAAGAAAUAUGAAAUUCUAA